AUGCCUGAACCCGCCAAAUCUGCUCCAGCCCCAAAGAAGGGCUCCAAGAAAGCCGUGACUAAAACCCAGAAGAAGGAUGGCAAGAAGCGUAGGAAGAGCAGGAAGGAGAGCUACGCCAUCUACGUCUACAAAGUGCUGAAACAGGUGCACCCCGAUACCGGCAUCUCUUCCAAGGCCAUGAGCAUCAUGAACUCCUUCGUCAACGAUGUGUUCGAGCGCAUCGCAGGGGAAGCCUCCCGCCUGGCUCACUACAACAAGCGCUCCACCAUCACCUCCCGGGAGAUCCAGACCGCAGUCCGCCUGUUGCUGCCUGGGGAGCUGGCCAAGCACGCCGUGUCCGAGGGCACCAAGGCCGUCACCAAGUACACCAGCGCCAAGUAAUCUCUCUCUCUCUCCCCAUUCCCUGGCCCACCAACCCAAAGGCUCUUUUCAGAGCCACC